CCGCGGCCCCUGCGCAGCCCCGAGUGGGGCGAGGAGCGAUUCCGGGUGGACAGGAAGAAACUGGAGGCCAUGCUGCAAGCUGCUGCUGAGGGCAAAGGCAAAAGUGGGGAAGAUUUUUUUCAGAAGAUUAUGGAAGAAACGAACACACAGAUUGCUUGGCCAUCCAAGCUGAAGAUUGGGGCAAAGUCCAAAAAAGAUCCCCAUAUUAAAGUCUCUGGAAAAAAAGAAAAUGUUAAAGAAGCUAAGGAAAAGAUCAUGUCUGUCUUGGACACAAAAAGUAAUCGAGUCACCCUGAAGAUGGAUGUUUCACAUACAGAACAUUCUCAUGUGAUUGGCAAAGGCGGCAAUAACAUUAAAAAAGUGAUGGAAGAAACAGGAUGUCACAUCCAUUUUCCAGACUCAAAUAGGAAUAACCAAGCAGAAAAGAGCAACCAAGUGUCUAUUGCAGGACAGCCAGCUGGAGUGGAGUCUGCCAGAGUUAGAAUACGGGAGCUGCUUCCUUUGGUACUUAUGUUUGAAUUACCCAUAGCUGGAAUUCUCCAACCCAUCCCAGAUCCUAAUUCUCCCACGAUUCUGCAUAUAUCACAGACUUAUAACAUUUCAGUUUCCUUUAAACAACGUUCUCGAAUGUAUGGUGCUACUGUCAUUGUUAGAGGGUCACAGAAUAAUACUAGUGCUGUGAAGGAAGGAACAGCCAUGCUUCUGGAACACCUGGCUGGUAGUCUGGCCUCUGCAAUCCCUGUGAGCACACAGCUAGAUAUUGCAGCACAGCAUCAUCUCUUUAUGAUGGGUCGAAAUGGCAGUAACAUCAAACAUAUCAUGCAGAGAACUGGUGCUCAGAUCCACUUCCCUGACCCCAGCAACCCACAAAAGAAAUCCACUGUCUACCUCCAGGGCACAAUUGAGUCAGUCUGUCUUGCCAGACAAUAUCUCAUGGGUUGCCUUCCUCUUGUGCUGAUGUUUGAUAUGAAGGAAGAAAUUGAAAUAGAACCACAGAUUAUAACUCAACUAAUGGAACAAUUAGAUGUAUUCAUCAGCAUUAAACCAAAGCCAAAACAACCAAGCAAGUCUGUGAUUGUAAAAAGUGUCGAACGAAAUGCCUUAAAUAUGUAUGAGACAAGGAAACGUCUCCUGGGACUUGAAAGUAAUGGAGUCACUAUAGCAGCAAAUCCAUCUACAAUCUCAUGCCACGUUGGCCUCUCAUGUCCUGGUUUGGAUAUCUUGCCCUCAGCUGGGUUAGGACUCACUGGACUUGGUCUCUUAGGUCCUACUGCCUUGUCUGUCAACACCUCUACUGCUCCAAACUCGCUCUUGAAUGCCCUUAAUAGUUCUGUUAGUCCUCUGCAGAGCCCAAGUUCAGGCACACCUAGCCCUACGUUAUGGGCAACAUCUCUUGCCAACACGAGUGCCACAGGUUUUUCUGCUAUACCACAUCUGAUGAUACCAUCUACUGCCCAAGCUGCUUUAACUAGUAUUCUGCUAUCUGGAGUGCCUAAUUAUAGUCAGAACACUCCAUCUCCCCCUCCUGGCUUGACUCCCGUUGACAUUCAUGUCAAUGGCAUGCAAUCCGAGAACAAAAAAGGUUCAGCUUCUUUAAAUGGUCAUGUAAAGACGUCAAAUAUCAAGUAUGCUGCACUAUCUGCCUCAUCACUAGGAGAAAAUGUGUUGAGCACAAACCACAGUGAUUCAUCAAGGCAGACAAAUAGUCAUAGCACCUCAGAACAAGUGACCACCAAGUCAAAUACAGCAGAAGGCUGCAAUGAUGCUUUUGUAGAAGUGGGCAUGCCAAGAAGUCCAUCACAUUCAGCAAAUGCUAGUGAUUUGAAGCAAAUGAUGAGUUCUUCCAAACAGUCCUGUACUAAGAGACAAACAGUAGAAUUACUACAAGGAACCAAAAACUCUCACUUACACACCACAGAGAGAUUGCUUUCUGAUACUGAGCUGAGUGCUUCUGAAAAUCCCGUUGCUGAUAAAAAAGCUCCUGGUAGUGAACGAGCAGCGGAGAGGGCAGCAGCUGCCCAACAGAAUUCUGAAAGAGUGCGCCUUGCUCCACAGUCGUCAUAUGUAAAUAUGCAGGCAUUUGACUAUGAACAGAAGAAGCUAUUAGCAACCAAAGCUAUGUUAAAGAAGCCUGUUGUAACAGAAGUGAGAACUCCAACAAAUACAUGGAGUGGCCUAGGAUUCUCCAAAUCUAUGCCUGCAGAAACCAUCAAGGAACUAAGAAGAGCUAAUCAUGUAUCAUACAAGCCAUCCAUGACAACUACGUAUGAAGGUUCAUCAAUGUCUCUCUCACGGUCCAGCAGUAGAGAACAUUUGGGAAGUGGUAGUGACUCGGAUAACUGGAGAGAUCGAAAUGGUAUCGGUCCCUCAGCUCACAGUGAAUUCGUCUCAUCAAUUGGCAGCCCCAAGCGGAAACAAAACAAAUCAACUGAACAUUAUCUCAGCAGCAGUAAUUACAUGGAUUGCAUUUCCUCGCUGACAGGAAGCAAUGGCUGUAACCUGAACAGUUUGUUUAAGGGGUCUGAUCUGCCUGAGCUGUUCAGUAAACUCGGUUUGGGCAAAUACACUGAUGUAUUCCAACAACAAGAGAUUGACCUUCAGACCUUCCUUACUCUCACAGAUCAAGAUUUGAAAGAGCUAGGAAUUACUACUUUUGGUGCCAGACGGAAAAUGCUACUUGCAAUCUCAGAUGUCUUGUUAUGGAUUGAUGAAGGGUUCUCAUAUAAUGAAGGAAAUCAUAAAGUGCCUCUUUUUCUGCAAUGAAAUAUGAAGUUUCCAAACAUUAAUUUGUUGAAAAGCAUUCCCCUAGGAAAUAUUGUUAUUUACUUAUACUGUAAUGUAUUAUUUAUGUUCAGUGUACAAGCCUUUUAAGAUGGAUAUAAACCACUGUCAAGUGCUCUUAACAGAAGGCAUUAGAAUAACCAUUUACAGUAGUUGGUUUUUAUGCAAAAAUGGGGUGAGAAAUAGUUUUGACACUUUCUGUGUAUACAUCUUCUAAGGUGAGAAAAAAAUCAGUUUAUGAGAAAUUUGCACACAAAGGGAAUUUUUAAGAGAUAAUUGCUUUGAGGACUUAGAUGAUGAAGCAGUAAUAAAAUGACCUGUUGCAAUUAGCAAAAAUUAACUGCUCAGUGUGGGGUUCAGCCAUAUCCACUUAAUGGUGUGUAGUGGAAUAACUUUCACUGCAAAUAAGAUAACAGCUAACUCUUUCAGUGUUUAAUGUUGCAGGACAAUGCAGUUUGCAAGCACAGAGUUGUAAGCAAUAAAGUUGUGCCCAAAGUCUAUGAACAUAUCGGAUACUUGUGUAUAAUUCAGGCACGCUCGACUUUAUCAAACAACUAUGGGAGCUUAAAACGCUGAUCCUGGAAAUAAUUAUUCUUCUGCUUAUUUUUAUACUUGUGAGUAGUCCCAUUAACAUGAGACUACCUACUUGUUCAAAGUUGAGCACUUGUGGGCUUGCAAGACCUAGGUUUGAAAAUCAAGUCCUAUAUGAACUUGUGUGUUUAGUUUUACAUAAUGUUUUAAAAUUAAGUUAAAUCUUUAGCAAAUCCAGUUAGACAUUUACCUACUUAGUUUGUGUAAUUUUUUAAGUUUCAACAUUUUACUUCAGCAAAAACUCCACGUCACUUUCUUUCAUUUUUUUCAUAAAUACAUAACCUGCAGUUUGACAGUAUUAUAUCUGAAAGCUGAAAUUCUUACAAUAUUAAGUUGAUGUGGUCUUUUGCUGAGCAGUGCUUAUAUCAUCUAUUACCAAAGUGAAGAAUUUCCCAGUAAUAACAUUAUUUUCAGUAGGGCUGCGCACACACAAAAAACCACACACUGGAAAACAUUUUUCUCACUUCUUUUAAUUCCAUGAAGGGAAUAUGACAAUGCAAUAUACAGUGUUGUCAGUAUUGUAUUAUGCACAAAAUAUUUGACUUGCUAGAUUAAAAUGUUAGUUUUAAAUCUGUGCCUUAGUAGUGACCAGUUAUCUGUAAAUAUAGAGCAGAUACAGAUUGUAUUUUUUGUGGGUUGUCCUUUUAGUGAUUUUUUUAAAUGAAAGGUGGAAUUAAAAAUAUUAAAAAUGGGAAUUUUUUCAAAACUAAUCAUUUGUUACAUGGAAAAAAAUAAAUGUAUGUAACCCCCUGAUAUUCUGUUUGGUAAGCUAAAUGGUUUUUAUUUAUACCCGGGUCCAGAUGUGGUUGUAUGUUAAUGAAACACCAAAACUAUUCUCCCCAUAUUGAAACAUGUUUCUCUUCUAUAUUUUCCCACCAUGUUAGCCAUUACUUAUUGUUCCAGAAUUUGUUUUUAUAUCAUAAAUAGUGUUUGUCUCUGGCUUUUAAUUCUGAAUUCUUUUGAGGACAGUAGUGAUUAAACACGUGGUAGCAUGAACUGAUUUGGGUUAUCUCAAGUCCAGUUCUUAAUCAGUUGUAAUGGCUUACCCUUAGCUUACGAGAGCUAGGUUUUAGUUGAGUUUACUUAUUUCAGGCACCAGCAAUUUUAGAUCUAGUCACCAGGACUGUUCAUUUGUUUCUGCAUUAUGGCCCUUGUUGUAUCUCUGACAAUGGAGAAGAUACAGGACUCGGGUAGUAAGCAGUACGUAUUCUUUAUUUGGGAUGCUAGACACAACCAGUAGCUUUCUCUAGCUUGCAGA